AGCUUUAUUAGGUAGCAAGGAUGUCGCUCAGCCGCAUCCUGCCAGCGGGUAAAAACGCUCGAUUCGUGAUUAUACCGCUGCGCAGUGCACAUCAAGUUGCUGAGGCAGGAGCGGCAUCGCAAGUUGAUCUGAGGCCAGAAGAGCUCGAUAAUCCUUCAUUUUUCCAGAAAAUAUCGCUCCGCUUCCAAGGAAUCCCAUUGAAAGGAGAGCUCCACGCUCCGAAAUCCAUUUUUUCUGAUUGUGGAAAAGAAUGGUUUGCCCCUAAGCCACUCCCUGAAAUGCCUAAGGACUACAAAGAACAUCCGGAUAGAGACUUGGUGAACUAUCCCUAUCCCGCUCGGCCAAUGUAUCCGCCGAAAACUCGUCUUCUGAUGAUGCCUGACUCUUGGUUCCAACCAUUUAUGAAAGUGACUGGGGUAUCUGGGCCAUACUUGUUCUUUGGUGGCCUGUUCGCUUUUCUGGUCAAUAAAGAAUUGUGGGUUUACGAGGAGCAGGGGCACAUGACCGUGGGAUGGAUCUUGUUCUAUCUGCUUAUAUCAAGAACUGUUGGAUUCCGAAUUGACAACUGGUUGUACGGAGAGUAUCAGAAGCGUAUGGAGUACUUUAAAGGUUUGAUCGCUGAAGAUCUCAAGGACGCUGUCGAGUUCAGAAAAACCUCUGCUGCUGAAACCGAAUCUCUAAAGCUAGUCAAAGAGAACUUCCCCUUAAUAAUGAAGGAAAAUAUGCAACUACAGCUCGAAGCGCAGUACAGGAAGAAUGUCCAGACUGUUGCAACGGAACUGAAGCGUCGUCUUGAUUACCUCAGGGAGACCGAAGAGACGAGAAAGCGUUUCGAAAAGGAGCAGAUGCUUAAAUUCAUCACAGAAGGGGUGGAAAAGCAAGCAUCCGAAAAAGCGUUCAAGGAUCAGUAUCUCCAGAGCGCCAUUCAAACGCUGAAGGGACUCAAUGUUCAGAUGUAAAGCAAUGUAGAGUUGAGCGGCCAUCUGAGCGCGGCCAUGACUAGCAGUCAAGGCAGUCAGUAGUUGAUUGCUCAAUAGGUUCGCCGACUAGAAGCAGUACGGUUUUGAAGGAUAGAUUUUUACCGUUUUUUUUUCUCACUGUUGUUCGAUUUCUCAUGUAUGUUAGGAAAUGAUAAAAUGUGGAGACAAACAUUUCUGCUUUGUUAUGGUGUUGAAUUGUAAUUUGAUUGUACAUACAUUUCACCGAAUAAUCUGAUUCGUGAGAUUAUGCC